AGGACUUGGGGACUCGUGGGGCAGUCGGAUUCCACCCUCCCCCGUGGACAGUAUGGCGAAGGAGCUGGGAGCUCAUCUAUUACAGACUCUGGAUGGCUUCAUCUUCGUGGUUUCUCCCGACGGAAAAAUCAUCUACAUCUCCGAGACGGCGUCAGUGCAUCUCGGGCUCUCACAGGUUGAGCUAACAGGCAACAGCAUCUACGAGUACAUCCAUCCAGCGGAUCACGAUGAAAUGACCGCCCUGCUGACGGCCCAUCAGCCCUACCACACCCAUGUACUCUCAGAUUAUGAGAUAGAGAGGCAGUUCUUUCUGCGGAUGAAAUGCGUGUUGGCCAAACGCAAUGCCGGUCUAACGUCGGGCGGCUACAAGGUAAUUCAUUGCUACGGCUACCUGAAGAUCAAGCAGUACUCCAUGGACGUGGCCCCGUACGAUGGAUGCUACCAGAACGUCGGCCUGAUCGCUGUGGGUCACUCCCUGCCGCCCAGCUCGCUCACGGAGGUCAAGAUGUACAACAACAUGUUCAUGUUCAGGGCCAGUCUGGACAUGAAGCUGAUAUUCCUGGACGGAAAAGUGGCGCAGUUGACCGGGUACGAGCCGCAGGACCUCAUCGAGAAAACGCUGUACCAAUUCCUUCACGCAACUGAUAUAUUGCACAUCCGCUAUGCCCAUCACACGUUGCUAGUGAAGGGUCAAGUGACGACCAAGUACUACCGGUUCCUGGCUAAGCAUGGCGGCUGGGUUUGGAUGCAGAGCUCGGCGACCAUCGUGCACAACAGCAGGUCAUCGCGCCCUCAUUGUAUCGUCAGUGUCAACACUGUCCUCAGUAACAUCGAGGAUAAGGAUCUGAUACUACAGCUGGACCAACUGCAAGCCAAGACGGAGUCAGCAUACACCAGUCUGCAGGAGAAGACUCGACCUGCCAAAAGCCACCGGUCCAAAUCUAAAAGCAAAGCCAAGUUCACGCCAUACCAACUACCAACACAGCCGGUUAUGUACGGAGAGGCCGCAUCCAGUGCGGACUACACGCAAGCCAAGGCGUACGCGCAGUAUGCAGCCGCAACCACGUGCGAUGUACCCAUGCCGGCGGCCCAGUACGCAUCCGUGCCGUACCAGGAAGGCAUCGAACGCUACAACGCUAUGUACCCGCAUGCAAGCUACACGGCCGGAUACCAGCACAACAUGUACGCAGACAGCCCGUACAACUACAGUAACUCCUUUGCGUAUCCGACUGCGGAAGCGUACGCUCACUGUAUGAACGAGCGUCUGCAAGGAUACCGCGGACAUUAUGGUGACGAUCGGUAUUACGCAGCCUCCACAGAUCCUCGGGGUUAUUACCAUCACUGGACGGCGUCAACGGACAGACAAUUGUCGCAGAAUCAAGGGUACCAUACGGACGUGUCUGGUUCCAGUGCGAGUAAGAAAAGUUCUACGCAUGUGCAAUCUGAACACGAGAGGCUCCAGGAAGCCAAUCCCGUGUCGUGUUGCAACGGGGCCGCCGUUGCCACCGAGAGCAGCCAAUCGGAGCUGCUGUUACAGCAGUGUGGGCAGCAGGCGCCCAACGCGGCCUCGCCGUCCCAACCAGCAGGUGUGCCACAACAAGGGCGCCACCAACACGAACAGCUGCCGGAGUUGACCUCGUGUCAGCGUCAGUCCCCUUUGCUCACCAGGCGCAGUCCGUCCAACACCUCGGACAUAUCGCCCAGGAGGUACCACAACCGGCAAGGCAUCAGGGAGACCCAGGACUCGGUGGAAACCAACGGCUUGCCUUCCUCGUCCAAGUUUGACAGCCUGGUGCAGGCCACUCAGAGACUGGUCAAGGACGAGCAGAGCAAAAAGCAGACACGGACAAAGACCUCGACCGCUGGCCAGCCGACGGAGGCGGCUUACGGUCAGCGAACCAGCCCCGCUGGUGGAACCGAGCACUCCUGCCGGCAGAGCAGCCCCGUACAAGCAGACACCUUACCGGCACGAUCUACCACACGGACUCAACCCCAUGCCCACGGCCUGGAAAACGCUGGGGAGAUUGAAAGCAGACGAUCUCGAGACUAUCAAAAUCAUGUGGAUACUCAUCGCUCCUCGUACAUGAGCACGUCCGAACAUACGCCGGUCUACCCGAUGAGCUUCUCGCGAACUGACCACUCGUCCGCCAAUCGGAACAACAUGACCGAUCCGCAGGACCGGAGCUACGACAGUUCGCUUUAUAGCACCACCAAGGAACAUUCCACGUGCUACUUCAACGACGCUGCCAGCAGGGCCUACCUGGCCUUCACCGAUGGGGGCGCUCUGUCCAGUUUACGGCGAGGUGGGAAGGAGCAUGGCUUCAUGCACACGAACAGUGCAAUCUGUGACAGGGCAGCCAUGGGGUGGUACAGCAGCGGCACGCACACGCACAAAGAACACAUGACAAAUGGCUAUGCUUACUAGCAGCCUUGUUCAAUAAAAGUCACGUGUGCUGCAUCAUGUGUUGGGCAUGCGCACUUGCUCCACAUCAAAGCCUAUACAUUUUCACACACUACACCUCAUAGUUUCUCCCUCCAUUUUCUCGUUCGAUGGUUCCCAUGUUAAAUGUGCCAGCCUUUAGCCUGUCUCUGUGAAGUACGUUCAAAACCUCUGAAACUAUGGAAUCGCAUUGUGUUUUGAUGGCUUCACAUUCACACGCUGGCUGUAACCAUUACUAAACUUUCGAGAAUCUAUACUUCGAGCAGGUCUGACGUUGGAUAAUUUUACGGUUGAUUACAGAAUGUUGCUCAAUAAACUACUAGUUCAAAACUUCAUAGGCUAACUUUACUGUGGGACAGGUUUUGUCCGUUGUAGAUGCUUACGUAAAUGCUCAUCUUUUGGGCAAACCACAAUUUGAAAUUACAAGCACUGAAAUGGCGGGUUUACAUUUAAGCACAACUUUAAGGUCAAAGGUCAGUUAACACCUAUGAUGAAGCAAAACCAUGGAUGAAUCGGAGUUUAAAUUUAUAGCACAUGUUGAUCAUGAAUUUCGUUAUCAGUACAUGGGAAUGUUUCGGUUGUUAACAGUUGUGCUGAUACGGAGAUAAACACUUAAUAGUCAUUUUCUCAAUUUGUGGGUAUUUGGUAAUUACAUUGUACUUCACUCACGAGUUAUUUCAUUGCGAGUAUUCGAGUUGACAAAUUCACUACUCGCCCAGGACUAGCUAACACUACUCCUUCCUUCUCCAAAAUGUAUUUAAGUACAUUUAAUGUAAACCUAAUCGAAAUCGAAAACGGGUGUAUUGCGAGAUUUCAAUUUUGUUAUGAGUAGCCUACAAUGAUCGUGUAAAAUAUAGGAUUUUGCUUUCUCGGUAUGUGUAACCAUGUAAAAAAAGAAGGGCACGAUGGGUCGGGGGUUUGACCUUUGCCACUGGUUCAAGAAAUUUCGACUUCUCGCCUUUUGCUCACGAUUGAUAAUGUGUGAAACGCAAACUUUGGUAGACGUAAAUACAGCCGUCCACUCUUAAUCAAUGCAUAAAACUGGAAGCUACUCGCUCUAGUUAGUCAAUACAAACCAAAUCCGGGCUUGAAUUAAACAUAAACUCACUUUGGCAAGUUUAAUGAUCGCCAGGGAAGAAAGAGCAUAACGAGUUUGCAAUCUACUGCUUGUCGUCGUAAGAUCCACAAGACGUCCUGUUGGUAAUGAUGUAGGCCCACUUCCAUUCAUUCUAUAUAAGCAGCAAUUAUUGCUGAGCAAAACAAAUAAUGAACCAGUGAAGAGCAUGUACUUGUAAUGGCAUAACGGUGUAGUGAGAAAUAAGGACUCCAUGAAAUACAGACUCAUUACUUGUUUUGCGCAUGCCUAAGUGAAGAUAAUCGCGACAGUGACAUGUGUGCGGGUUAGAGUCCAUAAGGUGAAUGAGACCAGAUUUCAUAGGAGCAAUAUUGUAUAUGACACCAGCUGGUAACUUUUGCUGAGCAAACUGUUUCUGCGCAUGAGAAGAAUUAUCUGUGCUUUUCUCCAUGAAAUUGGCCAAUGAUUGUACGACUUUCCGUGACGUUAUUCUUAAUGGCGGCUGCUCAGUAGAGUUUCCCACUUUUGUCUCAACUCAGACCUAAAAUCUCUCACGGUGGAUUUAGCGUCUGAGAACAGCCCAUGCGUCGUUGGCCCAUUUGAACUGUGACAUAUUUCAAAAUGUCUACACAAUAGGACGCUGUAUUUGAGAAAUAGACCAAUCAGACUAAAGGAAAGAACGGCGUCGUCAAGGCGCAUAACAAUCAAUAAAAUAAAGAGUCGCUGCAUUUUCUGACAGCGUUUCAUGUCUUCAUAUGCACAUAUGCACAGGUUGCCAGUCUAGGCGACACUUGAACUUCUUAAGACACGAUCUGUAGCUGAAAUCGUGACAAAAAGAAAUGGCGCCCUCUAGGUUCCAAAAUUCACGCUAUAAAUAGAUAGUUACCGUUGAGGAGAAUCUUAGUGAUUUGUUGUUUUUUUGUUACUUUUGAUUAAUUUAUUAUCUUCUUCACUAAUUGGUUUCUCUUGCCACUUGUACUUAUAAAUUCUUGUUCAAUGUAACUUAUACAUAAUUGUGUCAGUUUUAUCUAAAAAUACAGACUAUUGAGAUUAUAGAUAGAAUCAAGGUGGAAUAAAAUAUUUUGAAAGUACUCGA